ACACACGGCCCCAACAAAAAAAAAGUAAGAAACCAAUUAGAAGAAACAUAGCUGAAAGAAGAAGAGUGGUAGCCGUAUAGGAGGUUCUCAUAUCAACAAAAAUAUCAACAAAAAUAUCAGGAGAAUUUGUCUAUAAGGGUUGAUCAACUCAAAGACUUUGAGUCGCUACAUAUUGAAGAAAUGAUUGACACCGGUGACAUAGAAACCGGAAAAGGGAAAAACCAAGUUGGCACUCUCCAACGCCCUGGAGAUACCCGGUGGGGUUCACAUUUAACUUCACUUCGAAGUUUGCAAAGGCCAAAGGAUGUUCAAUUCUACUUGUGAUGUGUUACAAGACAUUAUUACAUCUGGGAACCUGACACAAAGGAGUGAAGCUGAUGGAGCAUAUGAUGUGGUGACAUCUUUUGAUUUUGCAUUUAUUUUACAUCUCAUGAUUGAUGUGCUUGCUGACUUGCUGUGACAGAUGAUUUAUCACAAGCUUUGCAACGCAAGUCUCAAGAUAUACUCAAUGCAAUUGGUGUCAUCCACAACAGAUAUCCUUCAAAAUUUGAGACAAAAUGGAUGGGAUUCUCUACUGGAGAAAGUGAAAUUCUUUUGCUCUCAACAUGAAAUAGAGAUCCCAAAUUUCAGUGCUCCAUAUAAAGCUGGGCGAGGUCGAUCCCGCCCCUUGAGAAAUAGCAGAGAUUGUCUUACGAUUGAGCAUCAUUAUAAGUUUGAUGUGUUUAACUCUGUUGUGGAUAAGCUGAUGCUAGAAUUGAAGUACCGCUUCAAUGAUGAUGUAGUGGAGUUACUUGUGUUGAGCUGUGCUUUGGAUCCAAGAGAUGAUUACAAGUCUUUUCAGGUUGAAGACAUAUGCAAACUUGUGAACAAAUUUUACCCUGAUGACUUUUCUACAAUGGAAAAGGAACACUUGAAGAUCCAGUUAGAGCAUUUCCUUUAUGGUGCUAAACACAAUCCAGAGUUGUAAUAACUUCUUGGUGUCGACUGCUUGAAUAAUUGGUUUUGAUUUUGUCAUUUGAAUUUAUUUAAUUCAAUUUACAGUAAAAUUUCCACAGGUCUGAGUACUCUUGCUCGCUUGCCGUUCAUAGUAUGUUUUUCCCCAUUUGUUUUAUAUGCAUUAUUACUUAAACCAAUUACUUCUUCUGAAAAAUAUGUUCUAUUCAGCAGUUGACAUUGAGUUUGGGCAAGCUUCUUGCAGCAUUAAGGAUUUUCUAGUUUGGGGAUUUCGAAGAGUGGCAGAUUAUCUAUUUUUGUUAAUAUUAGCUUAUAAAACUAUAUGAUUAGUUAAAUAGAGUAUCUCAGUAGAGUUGAUAUCUUCACUUUGUUUUUUUACCAUCUAAAUUUAUCCUCUUCUUGAUAGAUUAAUUCGUCUUGUACGAACUCUUCCAGUGUCAACUGCAACAACAGAGCGAGCAUUUUCGGCCAUGAAAAUUGUGAAGACAUGCCUCCGGAAUAAAAUGGAGGACGACUUUCUUUCAAGCUACAUGGUUACAUAUAUAUAGAGAGAGAGAUAGCUCGAGGGUUUUCGACAGAUUCUAUUAUUGAUGACUUUGAUCUCUUAAAAAAUCGUAGAGUCCAGUUUAGAAUGCCUCUUUGAUUGUAAUAUGGUAGAUUUAAUUUGUCAAGACGGAGAAACAUGCUAUAUUUUGUAAUUUAAACAUUCUACGAGAAAAUAUGCUGCAUUUUGUAACCAAAGACUUCGCCCCCUUGGGUCAAAAUCCUGGAUCCGUCCCUGCGUAAAAACGAGUCAUCUCUUACC